AUGACGUCAGGAUUGAAUCGCUUUAACCCAACUGUUACGGUGGACGAGUAUCUCGCUGAGAGCAAUGUAUUGUUCUACCUGAGUGAUGCUCUGACCCAGCUCCUGGAACAUAAAGAGGAAUAUACCCAUUUUGGCGUAAUACGCUACUUCGCUGAAUAUUUCAGCAGUGUCAAGAACAGUAACCACAUCCUCUUCAGAGAGUUUAAUUACAUCAACGCGACUCCUCAUAAUAGAGCCUCAUUCAUCCGAGUCUUCUGGAGAUGUUUCCGGCAGAUAGGAAAGAGUGGAGAUCUGCUGUCCAGUUUGGAUUAUAGCUCCCUGCUCCAGUUGUUGUGUCCUGAUUUCCCAAUGGAGAUAGUAAAGAGUGCAGCCAGAAUUGUGUCAAUGGAUGACGGGUUGGACUGCUUGAUGUCUUUCUCGGACUUCCUUUACGCCUUCCAGCUGCAAUUCUACUACCAAGAAUUCCUGGAUAGUGUGCUGCUGAUAUACCAGGAUCUGUUAGCUGGGAAGAGUCCAAACACAGUUAUUGUACCCACAUCAACAACAGUCGAACAGCCUCCUUGCUUGACCGCAGAGGAAAAUAAUAAAGAGCAGGAUUUGGAGGUGGAUGCUUCCACUCUGGCUGAGUGUAUAGACGCACUCUGUGACCGCAUCAAAAACAGUCACCCUCCCAGGUCUUGUUUACAAGAAGCACUAGAAGAGACUGACAAAGUAUCAUACUGCAGCUUCCUGAUGAGCCUGGCUAAACACGAAACCAUCAACCAAUUUAUCGGAGUGUUGCCCAGUAAGACCGAGGUACUGAAUGACCCAGAGAUGGACCAGGAACUGGACAAACUCAUCGCCCAGAUCUCCGUCAGCCCCAGUAGCAAUAGCAGUGGCAGUGCAGUGGGGAUGCUAAAGGAGGUGCAGAGAAAGGCGUCCCCCAGAAGGAACAUCCACCACAGGAGGAAGAUGGAGGUUGAGAGCGAUGGCUCGACAGAGGAGACUGACUCGUCUGAAAACUGA